AUGUCAGAUUUACCAGUCAACCCCAUUGUCAUUGUAGGAGGUGGUUUAGCUGGGUUAUCAGCUGCCCAUCAAGCUUAUUUACGUGGAGCUAAUGUUGUCUUGUUGGACAAACAAGGGUUCUUAUCAGGAAAUAGUGGUAAAGCAACCUCAGGUAUCAAUGGUGCAUUAACCAGAACUCAAACACAAUUGAAGAUUGAUGAUUCAGUUGAGAAAUUUUACGAGGAUACGUUAAAAACAGCCAAAGAUCGAGCUAAUCCAGCAUUGAUUAAAGUAUUGACUUAUAAUUCCGCCGAUGCUGUGCAUUGGUUACAAGAGGUGUUCGGGUUAGAUUUGACCGUGGUGCUGAGAUUGGGUGGUCACUCACAGCCUCGUACUCACCGUGGUCAUGACUCCAAGUUUCCCGGAAUGGCCAUCACUUAUCGGUUGUUGGAAACAUUAGAAAAGUUGAGCGAAGAUGAACCAGAUAGAGUGGCUAUAUUGAAACAUUGUCAAGUGAUUGAUUUGAUUAAAGAAGGAGAAGACAAAGUGGUUGGUGUCAAGUACAAAAAUUUGCAAGAUAAAUCGAAAUCAGAGGUUUAUGGACCCGUGAUUAUGUCAACUGGUGGGUAUGCUGCGGAUUUCACCAAAAACAGUUUAUUACGUAAAUACCGUCCAGACAUCAUUGAUUUACCAUCAACUAAUGGAGUACAUGCCACUGGGGAUGGACAAAAGAUCAUCAUGAAGAACCAUGGUGUUGGUAUUGAUAUGGAUAAAGUUCAAGUUCAUCCAACUGGGUUGAUUGAUUUUAAUGAUAAGGAUGUGAUUGCCGGUAAAACUCAACCUCGUUUCCUAUUUCUUGGUGCUGAAGCAUUGCGUGGAGAAGGAGGUAUUAUGUUGAAUGGUAAAGGAGAUAGAUUUGUUGAUGAGUUGGGUACGAGAGAUUGGGUAUCUGGUGAAAUGGAAAAACAAAAUAAAGCCGGAAAUGGUCCCAUAAGAUUAGUUUUGAGUGAAGAAUCGGAAAAGAAGUUGGAGUUUCAUAUCAAACAUUACACACAAAGGAAUUUAAUGAGAACGGUUACUGGGAAACAAUUGUGUCAAGAGAUUGGAUGUAGUGAAGAACAUUUAAAACAACAAUUAGACACUUAUAAUAAAGCCGCUAAAGGUGAUAUCAAGGACCCUUAUGGUAAACAAUUUUUCCCAGCUACUCCAUUUGAGUAUAAACCAGAUGCCAAGUAUCAUGUUUCAUUUAUCACUAGAGUGUUGCAUUUCACAAUGGGUGGUGUCAAAAUCAAUGACAAGUCACAGGUGCUUACUGAGAAUGAUACCCCAUUUGAGGGUUUGUACGCUGCUGGUGAAGUCGCUGGUGGUGUUCAUGGACACAAUAGAUUAGGUGGAUCUUCCUUAUUGGCGUGUGUUGUUUAUGGAAGAUUGGCAGCAGAUGAAGCAUGCAGCUAUGAGUUGCAAAAGUUGAGUAAAACUGGAGGAGGUGGUGCAAAUGAUGAUGAUGAUGGUGGAUCGGGAAACAAUGCUACACAGAGAUUGAACAUGAUCAAUUUACACAUUGAUCCGAACACGAAUAGAAUAAUCAUUGAUUUGAACAAUCAAAGUGGUUCUAGUGAAAGCAACUCCAGCGGUGGUUCUGUUUCAAGCAAGCAACAACAACAAAAACAUCAACAUCAACAACAAAAACAAUCAGCAUCAGCUAAGUCUAAAGAACAACAACAACAACAAGGAAAAGAUGCAAAAGCUUUUUCGAUCCCCGAUAAGGAAUUCACGCUUGAAGAAGUUGCCAAACACAACACUAAGAAUGACUGUUGGUGUAUAAUCAAGAAUGUUGUUGUUGAUUUGACCAAGUUUUUAGAUCAUCACCCAGGUGGAGCUGCUUCAAUUACCAAUUUUGGCGGUAGAGAUGCCACUGAGAGUUUUGAAAUGUUGCAUGAAGAUAACUUUAUUCCCAAGUAUGUUCCCAAUUGCGUCUUGGGUAGGAUUAAAGGAACCAAACCUGAUUUAGACUUGUGA